CACGAAGAGACCCUCCCGGAAUCUUGCGCAAGUUUGCUCGCCCACUACCACACCAUCAUGCCACCAAAACGAGCGACCCGAAAGAAGAAAGCGCCAGCGACCUCCGCCCAGUCAGCAGGCGCCUCAGCCUCCUCCGACGAUCUAGCACAAGCCAAGCUACUGCCACUGUUCGCGCACAACCAAUCGCAUUUCACUCAAGUCUUCAACUCAGGCAUCGCAGCUUCCCAAUCCGAUAUCAACACCCAUGUCCAGUUUCUGUUCGACUACUGGAAGGAUAUCCUCCACGGUGAUGUGCACGAAAAUCCCCAGCAAAUGCUGAAGACACCUGGCAAAGGACGACGGUUCAAGAACUAUGCCGCGUCGCCAUCGGGAACGGCAAGGAAGAUCAGCGGACGCGAUAAGCCGACUGGGCAAGUCGACCUGGAUGACAGGCCGAUACUGAAGCUUAACAAACCGGAGAAGAGGAAGCACGGCAAAGUCCGGGUGGAGAUUCCAAUGACGAAGGGGGAAAGGCAAAGUACGGAGUUGAUGGAUAACGGAGGGCAUAGCAACUCAAAGCGACCGCGCGUGAGAGGAGUUGGUUCGUUCGAAAAGGGCGUUCAUGUGGGAAAUAAUCGAAGCGAAGCCGGGGAAGAGCCGAAUGCGGGUGCUUCGCUGGCCGAGGCAGGCAACGACACUAGGGAGAACCUUGAUCUGAGUUUCACGAGCCGGUCUGUUGACGAUGCCAUUGAGGAGAGUGUGAAUGGGGAUGCGGAGAAUAUUGCAGAUUCUUCGAUGGUAACGACGAUUCUCGAGCCGGCUACAAAACCUGCUGGUCGUACCCGCGUGGUGGAAGCAGUGCCUGAGGCCCAAGUUCCCCCGGUCCGCGCUAGCAAACGCCUUGAGCAGAGAAAGCCGGAGGCCGCGGAAGUUGACGAUUCUCGAUUUGCGAAAGAGAAGAAUAUCUCCAAUGGGAACAGCGCUAGUCAGUGCAACGAGGCCGGUGUAGAGGACAUUUCGGAGUCAACUGAAGCUGGUGGCAGCGCGGGAGCGCAGCGAGCCGGAUCGUUGCGACGAACCAACAGCGCCGGUUCUGAAAAAUCAUCCGGGAGCACUCGAUUGAAGGUUGUCAGGCCAGGGAAAGUAUCUGAUCAGAUCCGCAAGAUUGAAAGUGAGGAAAUGCGUCGCCGUGAGAUUCAACAGGUUGAGUCUCGUAAAAGCGAUGCGGAUGCCACAGCAUCGACUGUUCCCAAAAGGAGCCUGGGACUCCGCAGCUCCUCAGCAUCGCUUGCAGGUCGACAAGUUCGCGUUCCCACCCUGAACAGGCUCGUCGCUGCAUCCCAAUUUGCUGACAGCUCCGAUGAAGAGGAUGCGUCGUUCUCCGCCAUUUUCCCCGCGGGACAGACCAGGUCUGGCUUUGCUAUGUCAAGUCCUGCUGGUUCGAAAGCAGGCGCAGAUUCCGCUGCCGCGGAGGAAAGCGUUUGGGAAGACGUCACCGUGCAGCUGUGUGAGGAAACGCCUCGGCCACCAAAGCCUGGGAACAAAACGCAAGGUUCUGGGCCUCGGCAAAGAAGCAUGGACGACAUGCUUUUAGAUACUCCGAACGUCAACCCGACCGAAGAGGACACCGGCGAUGUAACGGAUAUGUCAAUAGACGCCUCCGAAACUCCUCGUCCACCCUCGACGCUUGCCGUGCCAACAGAGCUGGUUCGCAGAUCGGACCCGAGUCCCAUCCGACCGGCGCUGGUGGCUGAAAGCACACAUCCAGCCUCUCCCAAUGACAGACCCGCCUCCCUGUAUGCCCGCAUCGCCACACAGGCAGAUCAGGAUCGCCGUUCGAGGGAGCAACUCUGGGGUAAGACAAUAUUCCAAUCCGAAGAAUUCAAGAAAGUGAAGCAAGGGCUAGAGGAGAAGCGUCGUCGGUUAUCCGCUGCCCGUGCGGCGGCUGGUGACACUGCUGCAACUUCAACUUCGACGCUUCGAAGUCCUGUCACGCGACCCGCUCACAAAGUCAGCACACCGCGGUCGAUAUUGAAGAAGCGAUCGUCGGAGGUCUCUCAGACCAAAUUCCCAUCUCGGACCAAUUCACUUGCUCCGUCUGAACUUGGAAGUCAACAAGAGUGGUUCGAGGCACAAGAACCUCGGCCUUCUCAAGAUGUGGCUGAUAAAUCCGCCGAAUCCCGAUCUCCACAGAAUGUCCGGCUGCCCACUGCCUUUCAGCGCAGCAUUUCGGGAGAAUCAAAGGACUCGGACACUCAGGGUUCGGCUGACGAAGAUAACGGGCGCAUUAGUGGGGAGAAGAGUGUCACUUUCCAGCUUCCGGAGCAAUCCGAUAGCGAUGAGGAAAGCCAGAGUAGGAUGGUGGAAGGGGAUAGCGAUGUUGAAGACGUAACAGUUACCGUCGCAAACAAUGAGCGGAGAGACGAUGAUACGCGGCAAAGCAUGGCCAACUCCGUAGAUGGGGAUAUCGACACGGAGAGGAGUUCGGGGUUGCCCAGCGACAGACGCUCCUUCGGUAGUCAGGAGCAGGAACUUCUGGACAAUGCGCGUGACAGCGUUGCUGGAGCCGCUGAGCAUGAGAUUAUAAAGCUUGUCGAAUCACCACCACCAGCGAGACCUAGGUUUGCCGCCAGUAUCUUGGGAGCUAUCAGAUCAUCAUUGAACAAGGUUGCUGGAACGACCUUUAUUCCGCAACCGCAAGCUAUCAGGACGGCUACAAACAAAGCGAACCCCGACAUGAAAAGCUUGAACGCUGCUGCUGCCGUGAAGAAGCUGCAAGCGGACCGGGACCGCCGCCCCAUUCAAUCCACCGUAGACUCCCGCUUGGAAAACGCUAAACAGAAGCAGCAGCGACUUCAAGAGGAGGAGGCGAAGCGGAUAGAAGAGCUUGCGCGACGAGAGGAAGAGAAGACGCGGAAGGCUGAAGAAAAGAAGUUGGAGAAACUCAGGGAGCAAGAAGCCAUAAAACGAAAAGCAGCCGAGCGCCAACAAGCUGCUGCCGAAAAACGUGCCAUGGACAGCAAAGAGAAGAAGCAGGUCAAAGUGAUGCUGAAGCUUCCCGCAAAAGGGGCCGCAGCGUCUUCGCACACGCAGGCACAAUCUUCAUCAAGCAACGAGCUUGUGCGCGAAACGGUUACGCACACCGAAAGGAUGACUAUGCAGCAAAGGGUGUCACAAUAUCAGACAGGGCCAACCACGAUCGUUGACGAGAAUGGAAACCUACCAGAGCCUCCCUCAGAUUACGACUCGGAAGACCUACAAAGUAGCGAUGACGAAGUAUACAGUGGCAGUAGCAAAAGCGGCAAUGUUGUCGGCACGCCGGAGAGCUCAACGCCGAACCCCAAGAAACGCAAGGCGGACGAACCGGAAUGGGUGAACACCCCGGAGCUAAUGAAGCUGAUACACGCGCACGAGCGAACAGAUCCGGAUGCAGUGUUUGGAGGUGCCCGCCCUCCUUUGGAAGAUGUCUUCAAGGAGGGCAUGAAGCGGAAACCGUUUCGUGCUCGCGCCAGUUCGGCCUGGACGGGGCAGGACGUGCUUACUGCGUCGGAGGAUAUGGAGUAUAAAAAGUCGAUGGGUUAUCUCUGAAGUCUCUGCGUAGGGAACGCGAGCCGGUUCAUUCUGUAGCUUCGUAUGCAAUUAAAUGCCGCCGAUUGCCAAUUGCAACACCGUCUAAUAUAAUAUUGCAAUCAAAAGUUUUGGCAAUUUUUGGCGAAGCUUUGACCGAGUUUUGGCGAACAGGACGAA